AUAAAAUAAUUUCAAAUUUUUGUGCUAUAAAUUGAGCUCAACAUAAGCUAAGUUUCAUCAUCAAUUACUACCAUUUCUCUAAAAUGGGUAUCCUAAAAGUGAGAAAUAUACUAUUACUAAACCUAACAUUGUUGGCAAUUGUAGCUGCAAGUGUUGUUGGUACAAUACCAUGUGGAUCGGGCACAUGUGGCGACAACGAGUGUUGUAGCAAAUUUGGGUAUUGUGGCACAGACAAUGACUAUUGUGGUGCCAAUUGCCGAGCAGGCCGUUGCACAAAAAAUAGUGUUUCGGUUGCUAAUAUUGUCACACAACAAUUCUUCAAUGAUAUUAUGAAUAAGGCCACUAAUGGAAAUUGUCCCGGCAAGCGCUUCUACUCGAGACAAGCUUUUCUCAGUGCUCUUAAUUCGUACCCCAAUUUCGGCAGAAUCGGCUCUGUCGAUGACUCAAAACGAGAGAUUGCAGCAUUCUUUGCUCAUGUCACUCAUGAGACUGGUUAUUUUUGCUACAAGGAAGAGAAUGGAAACCAAAAUGACAAGUAUUGCGAUAGGAGUUAUAAUGAGUAUCCAUGCAACCCUAGGAAGAGAUACAAUGGUCGCGGUCCACUCCAACUAUCAUGGAACUACAAUUAUGGAGGAGCCGGGAAAGCUCACAACUUCGAUGGGUUAAAUUCUCCUGAAAUAGUGGCCAAUAAUCCUGUAAUUUCCUUUAAAACAGCCUUGUGGUUUUGGAUGGAGAAUGCUAGUCCUGUUAUGGAGCAAGGGUUUGGAGAAACCAUUAAAAAAAUUAAUGGACCCGAAUGUGGUGGUAGACAAUCUGCCCAAGUUAAAUCUCGGGUUGACUUGUACCGAAACUAUUGUCGCCAAUUCGGUGUUGAUACCGGAACAAAUCUAUACUGCUAGGCUUUCAAUUUUAUCAAAUUGUAAGAAAAAUAUAUGCAUGGUUUAGUCUUUUGUACUCUCUAAUAUGAUCAGCAAGUAGUACUGAUCGUUUCUAUCUAAUCUACCUAAUAAAGACGAAAUAAAGAGCUAGCUUAU